GUUUUUAGCACAAAGAGAUAUAUCACUGUUAACAGGCUUAGGUCCCUGGCCUAAGUUGAUUUGUUACUUAAACUUUAAAUACAUUUGUACACACCAUUAUCCUGCCAUCAUGGUCAAGAGAAGGAAAAUGAAACAACAGUUUUCAUUAGAAGAAAAAAAUGACAAUAGUGAAAAUAGUAGAUUGCUGUCACAGGAUAAGAGAAAUAGCACAUUUGGUAUCAUACCCUCUACAUUCUCCACAUUUUUGAAAGAUUGAAGGUAAAGUUUUUUAAAAAAAGAGAUUCUGGCACUAAAGCAGGAGUGAGUGUGAGGUACCUUUUGUAGCUGUUAUGUAGGAUAUCAAGAGGUUCCAAGAAAUGGGCAUUUAAUAUUACACAGGCAAUUAAUUACCUGUAUAAAAAGCAUUGAAUUUUUACCAGCUUUGGACAUGGUAAGCUUCAAGCAAGUAUGAACUGGUGAAUAAAUUUCAGGUAAUAAAUCGUCAUUAGUCAAGAUGUCAUCAACCCCUGAGCCUCCAACAUUUAAAAAGGAACCACCCAAAGAGAAAGACUUUCAAAACCCAGGGUUCAGAGGGGUGCGCACAACAACCUUGUUUCGAGCUGUGAAUCCAGAACUCUUCAUUAAACCUAACAAACCUGUAAUGGCUUUUGGGUUGGUAACCCUUUCACUUUGCGUGGCUUAUAUUGGUUAUCUACAUGCAACACAAGAGAACAAAAAGGACCUCUAUGAAGCUGUUGAUAGUGAGGGGCACAGUUACAUGAGGAGGAAAACAUCUAAAUGGGAUUAAAAUGCUGUUUCCUGCAGAUGGAGCUUAUUAAAGGCUCUGAAAUCUUCAAAUAAGAGACUUUUUUAGUGCACAGAGUGAUAUUUCCUGCCCUAGAAUAUGUUAAUGAGGAGACAAGGUAGCAGACUGCUGUAGUAAAUUUUGUCCCUUUACACUUCCAGCUGCUCUCUCAUUCUUUUCCCACAGAAAGAGCUCAAUAUUCUCAUCUCCUUAUAAAAGUGCCUGGAGUGUGGAAGUUAUUUUGUUAAUUAUUAUGUUCUGUAUAAUAAAAGUACCCAACGCUGUUGAACUUGUAUGGAGUUUUUAAUGUCUAAAGGUGAAUUGUGACUUUGCAGUUGUUAGGAGAGUUGUUUUGUUUUAGCUGUUUGCAAAGGAAAUGUUGUUUUUUACCUAGCAUAGAACCUGUAUUUAUAAAGAAAGAGAAGUCAAU